AUGGUGUUCGUUCUCUUUCUUGGACACAACGUGCACAAAAUCGACAAGGUCAACGUGUAUAAGAUGGAUUUCUCGAGGCCAGAAUGGUGCAAGGUGGACAUGAUUGGUGAUAGGGUGUUCCUCUUGGGUGGAGACAGCAUCGGAGCUUCCAACUUUGGAGCGUCAUGUUCGGCCAGUGAACAUGGUUUGUCUAGCAACUGUAUCUACUUUCUGAACAACAUCGCUGCCGAGGAGAAUUACCUGCACGUUUUCAACCUGGAGAAAGGGACUGAAGAAGUGCAACGUCCUUUUAGACAUAAAAAUGGUUGUGCGCUGCCACCGCCACGUCCACCCAUAUGGCUGUUACCCACAGACGACUGA